UGCAGGAUUAAACGAAACAAUGUAAAAAAAAAAAAAAAAAAUCAAAAUUAAUACUUAUGUACAUAACGUGAAAUUUGUGACACGCAGUCGAUCGUUCCGCAAGAGCGUGGCGCAAAAGCCACACGUGAGAAAGCAGCUCGACGACAUCGAGGAUCACCGGCCUUACUUCACCUACUGGAUAACGACCGUCCAGAUUUUGAUCCUCGUAAUCUCGCUCGUCUGCUACGGCUUCGGCCCCAUUGGCUUUGACCUCCAUCACAGAUCCAGCUUGGUGCUGGUGACGAGUUUGUCGCUGCAGCAAGUCGAGUACGAGGAACCGGCGAACUUUUGGAUAGGGCCGCGAGCCGCCGAUCUGAUACACUUGGGGGCGAAAUUCGCGCCCUGCAUGAGGAGGGACAUCAAGAUACUGAAGGAGAUAGACGUGUGGCGGGAAAAGGAGCGCGACACCGCUUGCUGCAUCAGGAACGACGACUCGGGCUGCGUGCAGUCGAGCAGAGCCGAGUGUUCAUUCUCUUUUAAAAACCAACUGGUCCGGGGAAUGAGCUCGACCUCCACGAACACGAUAUCCCGGUGGAAAAAGUGGGGUACAGCGGAGAGCGGACCGGGCGGCCGGAUAAGCGGCUCGGUGUGCGGUCUGGAUCCAAAGUUCUGCGACGCGCCGGCGAGCGUGGCGCCGUACGAGUGGCCGGACGACAUAACCAAGUGGCCGAUUUGUCGGAAGACGAAUCCCCUGACUCAGCGGUUUCGGAGCAAGGACGCGCCGGGUAACGCGAAUUUCCCGGUCAGCCGGUACAAGGACAAAAUGGCCGAGCACAUGAUUUGCGAGGUCAUCGGCCAUCCCUGCUGCAUCGGCAUACACGGUAGCUGUAGGAUCACGACCAAGGAGUACUGCGACUUUGUUCGGGGAUUCUUCCACGAGGAGGCCUCGCUGUGCUCGCAGGUCGAGUGUCUGCACGACGUCUGCGGCAUGAUACCGUUUCUGAAUCCGUUGUGGCCGGAUCAGUUUUACAGGCUCUUCACCACGAUCUUUCUGCACGCGGGAAUCCUACACAUCAUAAUCACGCUGCUCGUCCAAUACUUCCUGAUGCGGGACCUGGAGAAGCUCACCGGCUCGGUGCGCAUCGCCCUCAUCUACUUCACCGGCGCUCUCGCGGGCAACCUCGCCAGCGCCAUAUUCGUGCCCUACAGAGCUGACGUUGGCCCGGCCGGGGCCCAUUUCGCACUACUGGCGACCCUCGUGGUCGAGGUGCUCCACUGUUGGCCGAUGCUAAAGCACCCCCGGCGCGCCCUCACCAAACUGAUCCUCGUGUUCGUGCUUCUCCUCCUGCUCGGCAUUCUACCUUGGAUCGACAACUACUCGCACCUGUUUGGCUUCAUAUUCGGCUUCCUGGCAGCUUACGCCCUCAUGCCCUUCAUCACGUUCGGUAGCUACGAUCGCCGGCGCAAGAUCAUCCUCAUAUGGGCGUGCUUCGGUCUGAUCGUCGGAUUGUUCGCCAUGCUCCUCGUGCUGUUUUACAGUGUGCCCAUGUACGAGUGCGAGCUGUGCAAGCUUUUCAACUGCGUGCCCCUCACCAGGGACUUUUGCGCCUCGCAGAACAUUAAUUUCCGAAAGAGGGAGCCCGUCAUACAGUUGCAGGAAUGACACACGGGGCCGCGGCCAUUGGUCGAGCGCUGUUAUCGUCGUCGCGCUGCUGCCUCGCCACUUGGGCGCACGAUGAUGACCUAUGAUGAUGCAGUGCCCGCUCGGCCCCGGACGACUGAACGCGAGAGAGCUCCUCAUCUUCCUGUACCGCGUAGUCGAAUCACUGCCGAUUUUCUUUCUUUUCGAGUUGCGAGUUUUCUUCGGUACGUUACCCCGAGCUUUGGGGUCAUUGGAUUUUUCGCGCAGAGCUAAAAUGUAAACGAAAACAACAAA